UCUUUAAAUAGGAGGUAGUUCAGGCUUCAGUCAGAAGUGGUUCGAGUUGCACUGUCAGCAUGUCUGAGCCUAUCAGAAUUCUGGUGACCGGUGCUGCUGGCCAGAUUGCAUAUUCUCUGUUGCUGAGCAUCACCAAAGGAGAUGUCUUUGGCAAAGAUCAGCCAAUCAUCUUGCUCCUUUUGGACAUAACUCCCAUGCUGCCAGUCUUGGAGGGGGUGGUCAUGGAGCUGCAGGACUGUGCCCUUCCACUUCUGAGAGACAUUGUAGCCACUGACAAGGAGGAGGUGGCCUUCAAAGACCUUGAUGUGGCCAUCCUGGUGGGCUCAAUGCCCAGGAAGGAGGGGAUGGAGAGGAAGGACCUUCUAAAAGCCAACGUGGCCAUCUUCAAGAGCCAAGGAGCCGCCUUGGAUAAGUAUGCCAAGAAGACCGUCAAGGUGCUGGUCGUGGGAAACCCUGCGAACACAAACUGUCUGAUUGCAGCUAAGUCCGCUCCCUCCAUUCCCAAAGAAAACUUCUCCUGCCUCACACGUCUGGAUCACAACAGGGCUCGCUCCCAGGUGGCGAUCCGCUGUGGUGUUCCUGCCACCCAGGUGAAGAAUGUCAUCAUCUGGGGAAACCACUCGUCCACCCAGUACCCCGAUGUUCACCACUGCAAGGUCAACAUGUCUGGCAGCGAGCUCGCCUGCUUUGACGCAGUCAAGGAUGAUGCUUGGCUCAAAGGAGAUUUUAUAGCUACAGUUCAACAGAGAGGUGCUGCAGUCAUCAAGGCCAGGAAGUUGUCCAGUGCCAUGUCUGCAGCCAAGGCCAUCUGCGACCACAUGAGGGACAUUUGGUUUGGCACCCCAGAGGGGGAGUUCACGUCUUUAGGGAUCUACUCAACUGGAAACUCCUAUGCAGUCCCAGAAGACCUCAUCUACUCAUUUCCUGUCCAGAUCAAGGAUAAGAUCUGGAAGAUUGUCGAGGGGCUUCCGAUCAAUGACUUUUCUCGGUCCAAGAUGGACGCCACAGCAGCAGAGCUGAUGGAAGAGAGAGACACAGCUGUGGCUUUCCUUGGAGUAUGACUACAUUCAAGUGGGCCAACCCUCCACCAUGCACACAGACCCAAAACUCCGGAGGCACGCCUGUAAGGCAGCACUCCAUAAACCCCUUCGAUACUUUGUGCAGAUGUUUGUGUUGGUGUGAAAGAGAAAGUGAGGGUUUGAGGACGUAGAUGGAUUUAUGUGUCCACUGGAUACGAGCUAGACAUAUUUUUGUUAUCUAGAAAAACAAUAAACGUAAUUUUACUUCAGCAUACACUACCUGAACUCUUCCUAACAUUUAAUAAGCUGCUUAUCAGACUUUGUUCUCUGGAGGUGAGUGAAUGGACGGAAGAGUCUUUCAUAUUGUCCGUGAUGCACUUGUCAUUAAACACUGUAACUGAUGACUCGACGUUAGAAAUAAAAAAUGUAUAUAAAGCAA